AUGAACUUGAUCUUCUUUGAAAAGCUGAUCAGGUUUGUGGAAUGGAAACAUCACAUGCAAUUAAAGGAUAACUGUCAAGACACAUUGGAUCCUAAUUUGUGGGAAGAUUUGCUGAACAACAAGUAUUAUGGAGAUGAUACUAUCAAUGAAGUUUUUUCUCUUUUGAAGAGUGAGAAGCAGUUAUUUGAAAAGAUUCCGUUUUGUCUUUGUCAUGUUAUCUUUCGCCCAUAUGAUCUUUCUGCAGAUACUUCCUAUGCCUCUCCUUUUCUGUUUUUUCUUGGUGAUUUAUUUAAUGACAAUAACUGGAAACCUUCUCAUCUUUAUUUAAUUGUGACUGAUCAACACCUCCACACCCUGAUGUAUUUAUUCCUGGCUAAUUUGUCUUGCCUGGACACUUGCUAUAGUUGUAAUUUGCUACCUAAAAUGCUGGCCAUUUUGCUGACUGAUAAAAAAACUAUUACUGUUAUUGGGUGCCUAGCCCAAUAUCAUUUUUUUUGUCUUUGUGGAACCAUAGAAACUUAUAUUUUGACUGCAAUGUCUUAUGAUCGCUAUCUGGCAAUUUGUAGACCCUUGCACUAUGGCUCUAUUAUGAAACAAAUUUGUUUCCAACUUAUGGUAGGAGCAUUUGUAAGCAGUCUAAUAGUUAAUAUAGUUUUUGUAGCUCUUGUGACUCAAUUUUCUUUUUGUGGGCCUAAUGUUAUAGACCAUUACUUCUGUGAUUUCCGUCCACUGGUGAAACUGUCUUGUACAGAUACUGUUCUAACUGAAUACUUCUCUUUUUGCAUAUCCAUUAUUUUUGUAGUUAUUCCAUUCCUCUUGAGUAUCAUUUCUUACACUUGCAUCAUAGGUACCAUCAUCAGAAUUCAGUCCACCACUGGAAGGCAAAAGGCCUUUUCAACCUGCUCCUCUCAUCUUAUGGUGGUUUCCCUCUUUUAUGGCACAUUGAUCAUUGUCUAUACAUUGCCAGAUAUCCCUUCUCUCAGACAAUUCAACAAAAUAUUUUCUGUUUUCUAUACAAUGAUGACACCUUUGUUCAAUCCCCUUUUCUAUUCUUUGAGAACAAGGAAGUUCACAAAGCCCUAA